GUGGCCAUUGGGAUUGGGCCAUAAUGAGCACCACCAGUCUUCAGUUUAGUGAAGUAACCAGCAGGAGUAGUCAAGAGGCACACCAGCUUCCUGGAUGGCAACAAAAGGCAGGAGAGAAGAGCACUGCAGCUGUGGAUCUGGACGCCGGCAUCUCCGACUCCCAAGGCUCCACUAUGGACAGCAGUAAUCCCACCUUGAGCCAGGAUGCCAGAGAUUCUGCACCAGGGACCCCUGAGGCCAGUGCUGACCCCCAGCUAGGGCCCAAGGUUUUCUGCAAGCUGUGCCUCAGUGAGCAGUUGUCUACAGCCACCAGGGAACUGCAGGGCUGCAACUGCAGCUUCUGCACAGAGUGUUUGCAGCAGUAUGUUCAGCUGGCCAUCAUGGAGGGUGGGGGGGCGCCCAUUACCUGCCCAGAUAUGGCCUGCCAAAAGACUGGAGUGCUGCUGGACUCUGAGAUAGCCAGCCUGGCUGCAGCAGAUCAGGUGGAGCUGUAUCAGCGUCUGAAGUUUGAGAGAGGAGUCAAGUUGGACCCCAGUAAAGCUUGGUGCCCGGUGCUUGAAUGCCAGGCGGUGUGCAGUGUGCAGCUGGGCAUGGAGGGCCAGCCCACCGCUGUGGCCUGCCUGACCUGUCACACCAUCUUCUGCUCUGGGUGCAGAGGGCCCUGGCAGGACGGCCAUACCUGCCCCGAACGCCAACCCAUGAUGUCACCCUCAGCCGCUCAUGAAAGCAGGGCCCGCUCAGACAGCGACUCUGACAUGGCCAUCAAACAGUGCCCUAUGUGUGGUGUCUACAUCGAGAGGAACCAGGGCUGUGCACAGAUGCUGUGUAAGAGCUGCAAACACACCUUCUGCUGGUACUGUCUGCAGAAUCUGGACGGUGAUAUCUUCCUAAGGCAUUACGAUAAGGGACCAUGCAGAAACAAGCUGGGACACUCCAGGGCCUCUGUGAUGUGGAACAGAACACAGGUGGUGGGUAUCCUGGUGGGGGUCAGCAUCAUUGUGCUGCUGGCAUCACCACUCCUGCUGCUGGCCUCACCCUGCAUCCUGUGCUGCGUCUGCAAGCCCUGCAGAGGGAAUAAGACGAAGAGGAAGAAGAAGAAGAAGAAGGACCUCAGCUAUCCAGACUCUUCCACAUCAUAGCAACUUCCUCUCUCAUGAAGCCUAAGGAAACCAACAAAGUGCAAGUUCUGCAUGGAUGAUAAGAAUACACAUAUGGAACAGUGGAGUACUUUCUCAUGGCUUGACAGACUGGAAUCCUUGUCAGUGCAACGGUGGAAGUGUACAUAUAAGAAGGAUUAAUCUAACUCUUUCAGAGGCAGAACAGGCAGUAGGGAGAAGGUGGUGGCUGUGAGAUUUAUGAACAGGGCUUUCUCUCUGUUUUACACACACACACACACACACACACACACACACACACACGUAGUUAUAAGUGCAAUGCCACUCUCAUGUGCCAAACCAGAGGGGUCAGGUGCUCAAGUGCCUCAUUCUACAACGCCUGGUGCUUGGUUGCAUUUGAUUUGCCUUCCAUGCUGUACUUAUGCAAAAAAUGUUAGCAUUAUGAAAAUGGACACACAGGGUGGCAAAUCCCUAAAAACAGUGCAAAGCAUUCUUUCAUAAUGGGUGAAGGCCAAUGGCAUUGUGUGUGUGUACUGUAUAUUCUGUACUGAUAUGAACUAUGAUAGGGCUGCAGCGGUGCACAGUGGAGAACUUUUCUUCCGUUGUUUCCACCUGGUGUGUGUCCCAGACCAAAGGCUCUGAGGGAUGAUGUGUACUUUUCUAUAGUGUGUUAAUAUGUAGUAUUUAUGGGUUAUGUGUGUAUGGUAUCCUGUUAACAUUUCUACAUGUCUGUGGAUGCUUCUGCAUCAGAUCUUUUAUAAAAGCAUCAUUGUAAUUGAAAUAAACAGUGUAUUGAACAUGGAUCAGA